AUGUCUAGAACAAUUCGCACCGCCUGGGGAUCCCGUCCCCCGCAUAGCUACUUCGAUGACACGCAAUCCUUUCAAACAAGUCGGGACAGCAUUAUUGAAAAUAUCUACCUCAACAUCCCGGAUCCACUGGUCUACGACGAUGACGGUAAUCUCUUUACCGGCCAAGUAGAAAUUCAAGAGAAUGAUCACAUCGACACACUAACCUAUCGGGACCUCCGAAGGCUCGCGAGAGAAGCCGGUCGACGUAGUCGACCCCCUUCAUUCGCAGCCGGAUUUGAGCCUGGGCACGGUUACUUCAUUAGAAUUGUAAGGUCGCAACAAAUGCCUAUGGCAAAUUAUUUCCUCGAGCAUCCAGAGAUUUUUGGAUCCAUACUCGACCGCCAAGGAGCCUUCUCAAGUGAUGAGUUCUGGAGGGAUACGCAUGGUCCUUGGUCGCUAAGCGUCCCACCUAGUGAGGUAGAAAAUAUGAUUACACCGACAGGGCCGGAAUACAGAACCAGCGUCUACCGCGAAAGAAUAUUUACGCCGCAAAUAGAGCUAUAUGAUAGCGAUGACGAAUCCGAUAUGGGACUAGAUAUAACUGCCAAUGAUUACUACACCAUCUCCCUCGAUGAAGUAGUCGGCCUCCUUGCUGAAUUAAGGGUAGAGGGCUACGAAGCUAUAGAUCCAAUUAGUUCCAGUCGGCGUAUUUGGCAAAGCGUCGGAUCCGAAUUCCAAGACGAAACGGAGGAUUCCCUUUACGUGGACCCCAGAAGUUGGAGCCAGUCCUUCAAUGCCUGGGGGAACACCACGCCCAUGAAUUCCUAUGAGGGAAGACUCCACAAUUCGUCGACACCACCACCAGAUCCAGAAGAUGGUGAAGGAAAUGAUCAACCACAUUGGAUGGUCGAAGGGUUUGAAGCUGAUUAUGUAGAAGGGUGGUCGGGAGAUGAGGCGAGCGGUGAUGCUAACCCUGCAGCUGAGGACCAGGCAAAUCAAUCGAGUUGGAGCAAUGAUAUCGAUACCGGCCCCGCAGUACGUCGGCUCUCAGAGGACCUUGCACAAAUAACUCUAGAAGCCCCUUCCACUAGCAAUCCACAAUCACAGGGCUGGGAGGGGAAUAUUGAUAUCAUUCUUUUGGAGGAAACUACUCGUCCCGGCAGUGGAUCUACUAGCGGAAUUCAAGAAUCCCCAGCCACUAUCCGCGUUCCCUCCGUUGCCAACCCCAACGAUAUUAAUGCUGUAGAGGCUGAACAACGGAUUACACCGGAUGGCUCUAACCCGGAGACAUCAUGA